CAUUAGCCAAGAUGGCGGCGGACGACGGAGAAAAGUAAGAAGAUAACAGAACAACAAGCGAUAUAAACAACACAACAGUGCGCAUUCAUUUACCGCGUGCGACUAUUUCAGACCAGACCUCCAGCCCAGCGUCGGGAAACUGCUGACCACCCGCCGAGAGAGGCCGCAGCGGGAGAUAAACCUGUUCAGCUAACUGUUUGCUAACUAGCUGCUAAAGUAGCUAGCACCGCUACGGCUAGCUAACUGCGGAAGGCGAGUGGGGAGAGGGAAGGCAGCUCAAAGUGCGAGCUGACAAGUCGAGCUUAUCUUUUUUAGAAGCUGCCGACAUUGCCGUUCGAGACAUUAACCAGCUUGCAACACGGACCGGGUCAUUCGAAGCGGUGGCCCGCAUAGGAAAUCAACGUUUAACAGCUGAUAAGACAAACUGAACAGCCGAGGAAAGGCGUCAUCUUUGCCGACCUGACGCCAUGGCUCACUCUCCUAUUCAGAUUGGACUAACGGGGAUUCAGAAUUUCAAAGCCAACCCGGAGGAGCUAUUUACCAAGCUGGAGAGAAUAGGAAAAGGCUCUUUUGGAGAAGUUUUUAAAGGCAUCGACAAUCGGACUCAGAAAGUUAUAGCUAUUAAAAUUAUUGAUCUGGAAGAAGCAGAGGAUGACAUAGAGGACAUUCAACAGGAAAUCACUGUUCUCAGCCAGUGUGACAGUCCAUUUAUCACCAAGUAUUUUGGAUCUUAUCUCAAGGGUACAAAAUUAUGGAUUAUUAUGGAAUACUUGGGUGGAGGAUCAGCACUUGAUUUGCUGGAACCAGGUGCCCUGGAUGAGACGCAGAUUGCCACGAUCCUGAGAGAAAUCCUCAAGGGUCUUGAGUAUCUUCACUCUGAAAAGAAAAUCCACAGAGAUAUCAAAGCUGCCAACGUCUUGCUGUCAGAACAAGGCGAAGUGAAGCUGGCAGACUUCGGCGUUGCCGGCCAGUUGACAGACACACAGAUAAAGAGGAACACAUUUGUCGGAACACCUUUUUGGAUGGCACCUGAAGUUAUAAAGCAGUCUGCAUACGAUUCAAAGGCUGACAUCUGGUCAUUAGGAAUAACAGCAAUAGAGAUGGCUAAAGGAGAGCCGCCCCACUCUGAGCUUCACCCUAUGAAGGUUUUAUUCCUCAUCCCAAAGAACAAUCCCCCGACACUGGAAGGAAGCUUCAGUAAACCACUGAAAGAAUUUAUCGAAGCCUGUUUAAAUAAGGAGCCUAGUUUUAGACCAACCGCCAAAGAGCUGUUAAAGCACAAGUACAUAGUAAGGCAUGCCAAAAAAAAUUCCUAUCUGACAGAGCUGAUCGACAGAUACAAGAGGUGGAAAUCAGAGCAGUCUCGAGAUGAAUCCAGCUCUGACGGAUCUGAUGACGAGCCAGAUGACCAAGCUUCUGGAGGCAGCGACACCACCAAUGAAAACUGGAUUUUCAACACCAUCACGGAAAAGGACCGGAAAAAGAUUCUGAAUGGGGCAGCACAGUUUACUGAGCCAGAGGUGGAGGAGAGUCCAAAGAGGCCUUUGUCACAAAGCUUAUCAUCUAUAUUUUCUCCAUUGUUUUCUGAGCUGAGAGAAAAGAGUGAGACAAGUAAUGGGAAGCCAGAGGUUGCAGAGGAGCUACGGAAGGCUAUUUUCCUGGCAGAAGAAACACACCCUGGCAUCUGUGACUCGCUGGUGGCUGAACUAGUGCAGAGACUUCAGAGGUUUUCUGUGCCACAUGCAGCUGCCACUCAGUGAGAGGAGCUACAUCCAGCUCCGCUCUGUUUCUCCACCCUGGUGGCCGCAGUCAGAUCUUUUCCUCUGACCUCCACAGCCAGGAUGAAGUCUCCCAGGAAGGUCUCUGUCGCUCAUUUGCUUGAAGCAAAUCCUGGCCCUACUUAAUGUCUGUUUUUAGGCUAGCGCACCACCAGUGGGUCCCAUUCAGGACAGUCAGUGGCCAGCCUGUGAGCUGCCACCAUGACUGCCAACUGCUGUAAGAUGUCCCUUCUCAAUACCUCCUUCACGAAGGCUUUAUUUUAAGGGUGGUGUUCCAUAUCUUUUCUGCAAGAACUUGGGUUUUUGGUGAGUUUUUUUUUUUUUUUUCACGAAGGUUUACACUCUGGAGAAAGUUUCUUGCUUAAUUAAUCUUGUGCAUGUGUGCGUGGUUGUGUGAGAUAUCCUGCAGUGAAGAGUGUGGAGUGGGCUGACGCGUUCUAUUGAAAACUCAGGUAUCCUGCUUUAAGUGGAUUGGGUCCUCUGGGAGAUGGAAAGAGCUCUAUAGGGUGGUUGUACAAACUUGUAUAUAAGCAAAUUUCUACAGAUUCAUGAAAAAACAAUGGAGUGUUUGUAAUGGAACCACUGUGUACAAAUGGCCAAAUGCGACUGUAGAUAAUGGUUAUGAGGUAAAUAUUUUCAGAGACUCAAAUGGCCAUAAAUGAGAUUGCCUUGCCUUUGUACUUGUUCAUUUGUGUAUCGAUCUUUGAUUUCUAAGUACUCAUCCAGUGAAUGAAAAUGGCUGCCCUCUAUCAUGUUUAGAUUUAGUAUAUAAUUCUUAAUUCUCUUUAAUUUUUUGGUUUCACACUCUGUCUGUGGCUGUAAUAAUGUAUGAGAAUGUAAGUGGCUGGAUCAUGUAAGCCCACCCCAGUUUUUAACACUGGAUGCUCUGUUUCCAGUCCUGAUUCCACAAGGCCUUGAGUUGGUGUUGGUUUUCUUUGGACUUUGCCUCAUUCCCAUCUUUUUUGCUGUGCGCUUUUGAUUGAUUCAGAUAGGUUUCGUCCAUUCAUUCCAUUUACAGGGCGACGCCAUCAUGUAUUUUAUCACUCAUAAAGACUCUGUUGGUCUUCCUAGGAGCUGCAGUGGUACUAUCUCCUCAGCGUACCUACAUCUUUAAUUGCACUUCAAGUAUAAAAUGCCUUUUACUAUAAACAAAGUAGCCAUAAAAACAGUAGCAGGAGACUUGCAGUAUUUUGCAGGUAUGCACCAAACUACCUGGGACAAAAAGGUCCACCUGAAGUCUCACAGCUUGGACUCUGGAGUUGGUGAUGCAGUGUAACAUUUGCCUGGCUGUAUCUUUCCAUUUGGGACGUGUGAGAGUUUUUUCAGCUGUACAGUAAAUGCAUAUAGACGCAGACUUCUCACACAGUAGACGACACUGCUCUCAGAUGUACAUAUUAAAGCCAGGAGGCGCUCAGAGACCAGCGGCACUGCUACUACUUCUGACUCUUUAAAAAUGAAUGUGCAUGACGGAGCCCGUUGGUCGGCCUGAGCAGUAUGCGUUGUAGCAUACUUCCACAGCACUGGAGUAAUGUUGAUUCCUGAACAGAGUUGACGCAGCCUUAGAGUAUUUGUUGUGAAUGGAAUGAAUAGUGUCAGCUUUAAAAUGUUAGAGCAAAUGUUUUUGUUGUGAUUAACCCCCUCCCCUCCCUCUGUAUUAAAAUGCACAUUUGGCGAUACUUAAAAAGACAAAAGAUCAAAACUUCUCAAAAGAGAGAUUCAUCUUGUGGGGUCAUGGGUACAACAGUCCUGAUGUAUAUAAUAAUAAUUAUGAUAAACGUAUAAUUGAAUUUCCAAUCACGUCAGCUAACCCUGAAGAUUUUUUUGCAGUGCUGUUGGAACCAUUAACAUGACUGAAUUUCUACUGGUGGCCUGGCAGCUGCUCAAUAACAGCUGAUUGGACAGAGUAAGACUCGCUCUUUCCUCCAUUCCAGUAUUAUGCUAAGUUAAGAUAACUGGCUGCUCUCGUUAGUUUGAUAUUUACUGUGAAGUCCAUCUCAUCUCACUCUCAGCCCCCAAACACGGAGGAAUCAGUGUUUUGAUAGCAAUUCUUCCAAUGAAUGUCCAAGUACAUAUACGUCUUUCUGUAUAUUAUUAUGGAAUUACAGUUGAAUGAGUAACGGUCAAAUAAGUACAAAUAAAAUCAAGAAAAGGUACCAGACUCAACAAUUGUCAUACCCGUUCUAUAUUUCACUUUAAAAUGACUCUUUUAUUCAAACUUCUCAUAUGAAGUGAACCACGUUUGCCCUCCUCCCCAAACUGUGAGACAAAAUCACCAUCGUUUGCACCUUCAACGUUCCGCGGUCUGAAAUGUCUCUUAUCUUUUAUAUGUGGCACUUUGUACACCUCUUCUUUAUAAUGGUACUUAACAAGGCUUCAGUAUGUCGCAGUAACACCUCCUCCUCCUCCUCGUUGGUCGUAUGGCAGUUUGACAGCAGUCUGAUGGCGAGAAGUAAUUUCUUCUUAGCACAAGUAGGCAAAUAUUCUAUUGAACUAUUUUUAUAACCCAAGAGAAGCGGUAUUAUGUAAUAGAGGGAGUCGACGUUAGGUUCCGUGAUGUGCUCGAGUUUUACUAAACACUGGAUAGCAAUCACUUAAAAGGUACAUUUCAUUCUGUGUGACUCUGCUGACCGUUUAUAAUCCAGUAUACGUGUUCAUGCUAAUCAGGCCAGUGCUGUUGGGUUUUAUUGGGAGUUGUCAAAUGGUUAAGGAAAAUAAAAAUUCAAUACAAAUUUGAA